AUGAGUCGGCCUGCAACAACAGCAAGAGCAAAAGUGGUACGAAAAGAGAAGGCGCCGCCGGAGGUGCCGGCGAUAAUAGUCGAUCCGGAGAGGAACAUCAAAUAUGAGAAGGGUCGAUUCCUCGGCAAAGGCGGUUUCGCGCAUUGCUAUGAGAUUACGAAUGUGAUGACGCGUGAGGUUCUUGCCGGCAAAGUCGUCCCGAAACAUUUGCUAGUCAAGCAAUAUCAAAGAGAUAAAAUGGCGCAGGAGGUGCAAAUCCACAGAAAUCUCUCGCAUCCCAAUGUCGUCAAGCUUUAUAAUUUUUUCGAGGAUCGCCUCAACGUUUAUAUAACAUUGGAGUUAUGCCCGAGACGGUCUUUAAUGGAGCUGCACAAGCGUCGAAAAGCGGUCACCGAGCCGGAAGCGCGCUAUUUCACGCAUCAAAUCGUCGAGGGCGUUAAUUAUCUUCACAAUUUGAAAAUUAUCCAUCGCGAUUUGAAAUUAGGCAAUCUUUUUUUGAAUGAUGAGCUGCAGGUGAAGCUUGGCGAUUUCGGUCUCGCCACGACGGUUGAGAAUGAUGAGAGGAAGAAGACACUUUGUGGAACUCCUAAUUAUAUUGCUCCGGAAGUUCUUAACAAAAUGGGCCACUCGUUCGAGGUGGACAUUUGGGCGGUCGGCUGUAUUCUCUACAUUCUUCUAUUCGGCCAUCCGCCGUUUGAAUCGAAAUCGCUCGAGGAGACGUACUCGCGAAUCAAACACAACAAUUACACGAUACCGAGCAUGAAUUGUCCGGCGGCGGUGUCGUUGAUCCGCAAAAUGUUGGACCCGGUGCCGAAUCGUCGUCCGACGGCGAAGCAGAUCCUUCGCGACGUCUUUUUCAAGACCGGCUUCAUGCCGUCGCGAUUGCCCGUCUCGUGUUUGACGAUGGUGCCGAAAUUCGGACACGAUCAGCUCAUCAAUGACGAGAACGAGAUGCCGCCGGAAAUGGUCGGCGCGACGGCGACGACGGCCGCCGCCGCCGUGAAAUCGAAACCGGCGAUGGCGGCGACGUCACGUGCCGGCCUCUCGUCAAAUUUGCCCGUCUAUCGGAAUAUGGCGAGCGCCGAUCGCGAUCGCGCUCAACAACAGGCGACCGAGGCGACGUUCCGCGAGCCGAAUGACGCCUACCUGUCGGAUUUGUAUCGACAAGUGUCCGAAUUCCUCGAGAAACGCAUUCCCGACCUCGAUGAGGAAGAGGCGGUUCUUGACGACUAUCAGUCGCCGGAAUGCCUGCCGGUGUUCUGGAUUUCGAAAUGGGUUGAUUAUUCCGACAAAUAUGGCAUCGGCUAUCAGUUGUGCGACAAUUCGGUUGGUGUACUCUUCAAUGAUAACUCGAGGAUUAUGCUCGAUGAGGCUGGCAAUGAGCUGACUUAUAUCGAGAAGAACAACCGCGAGCACUAUUUUUCGAUGAAUAACGCGUUGCCGACGGCGCUCAGCAAGAAGGUCACCCUCCUCAAAUACUUUCGAUCGUAUAUGAACGAUCAUUUGCUGAAAGCCGGCGAGGGCAUCGAGGCGGGACGAGCCGGCGAUGAUCUCGCCCGUCUGCCGACACUUCGCGUUUGGUUCCGAACCAAGUCCGCCAUUGUGCUCCAUCUAUCGAACGGCUCCGUUCAGAUCAACUUCUUCUCGGACCACUUGAAAAUGCUCAUGUGCCCGCUGAUGCAGGCGGUCACGUUUAUCGAUCAUCAAAAGCGAAUGUUGGUGUAUAAAUUCUCGAAUUUGCAAGUGAAUGGCUGUCCGGAGAAAUACCUCCAUCGCAUCAAAUAUGCGAGAACGAUGCUUGAGAGGCUUAUCAAAGACGCGGCGAGCGUUGGAAGUCAUGUAAGUUGUUGA